CUCCGAAAGGCCGCCGCACUCGCCCCUCACGCGCCCCGCCGAUGGGGGGCGGGCCCGCCCUCGCAGCCUCCCGAGGUGAAGCCAAUCGAGAAGGACAACCAGGACGUCAUCUGCGCCACCGCGGGCAGGCUGCUCGACGCGAUCGACAGCGGCAAGAUCUCCCUGAUGUUUGUGCAGGUGGUCGUGCUCGACGAGGCGGACCAGAUGCUGGACCUGGCCGUGGGCCUGGAGGGGACGGUGACGGCCAUCACCGACGGGAGGGACAUGCCCGGGAAGGAGGACCGCCAGACGCUCCUCUUCUCGGCCACGAUGCCUGACUUCCAGACCAGGCAGUUCCACUCGGCCCUCAAGAAGCCGCCGCACCGCGCCAAGCUUCGGGUCGGCCACUACACGGAGGACGAGAAGGGCGGGUCGUGCAAGCACAUCACGCAGCACGUCUGCAAGGUGCGCGAUAUGGACGAUCGGUGGCAGAGGCUCGGGAGGGACAUGAUGGAGCUGUGGGGGCCGACCAAGGAGCGGCGCGAGGGCAAGGGCAUCAUAUUCACCAACAGGAUCGCGCUGGCCAACCCGCUGGAGCAGGGCCUCAGGAGGUUUGGCAUCACGGCGGGCCAGCUCCACGGCAAGCAGACGCAGGACAUGCGGGAAGAGGUGGUCAAGAAGUUCAGGAAGGGCGAGUACGAGGUGCUGAUCGCCUCCAACGUCGCCUCGCGAGGCCUGGAUUUCCCAGACAUCCGGCUCGUGGUGCAGUUCGAGCUGCCGAAGACGGUGGAGAUCUACACCCACAGGAUCGGCCGCACGGGCAGAAACGGCCAGACGGGCACGGCCCUCUCCUACUUCCAGGUGGGUGGCGGCGGGUACGACGCGAAGCUCGCGAAGCCGCUGCUGGAGUUCCUGAGGCUCAACGACCAGCGGCCGCCAGAGUUCCUGGAGGAGCUGGUGGAGCCUGGCGCCAGCCGGCGGCGGUCGCGAUCCCGAGACAGAAGAGGCAGCGACCCCAGAGGCUCGGGCGGCGGUCGGGAGCACGACCGCGGAGGCUCCGGCGGAGGCGGCGGCGGGGGCGGCUACGGCGGGGGCGGCUAUGGCGGGGGCGGCUGUGGCGGGGGCGGGGGCGGCGGAGGCGGCUGCGGCGGCUACGGUGGCGGCUGUGGCGGGGGCUGCGGCGGCUGGGGCGGAG